AGUACCUUUUUUGACCAUUUCCUACACAGUGUCCCUUUAAUGCAGAACAAACAUAUGACAGCAUGCUGUGAAGUUGCAUAGUGUGUCUUUAAUCUAUGAUGUCAUUGUUGCUAAACCGAAUGUUCAAUGCCAGAGGGCGAGCUGUUUUGAAGAACAUGGUAAAGACAAAUCAAGUUGAAGCUCAUGUGUUAACUGGCAUCUUCUUAUCUACAACAUUUGAUGAAGCGAAAAUGUGUUUGUCAGCCAGGCACACUUAAUCCCGGUUCUUGUCGGGCGGUUGCAAUGUUGGGGAGACACUUCAGUUCUUGCGCGCAUGCAACAUAAGGAGGAGCUAUUUCGCGUGGACACAGCCACCGCCUUCCACUUGUCCCCGCCUGCCUGCCGUGCCGUCCAGUGCUGCAGGACACUGCUUUGCCCCAAAGGAUAUGAGGGAUUUACUGUAACAUAACAAUGGGCCGAAAGCGAGUUAUUGCUUUGACGUGUUAACAUAACGCUUUUUAAAAACAUCAACUAUGAAUCAUGCAUUUGAUAUUUCUCUCAAGUCUGCUUGUGAGCAUCCUUUUCUCCUGGCUCCAUCUAUCUGUGGCAUCCACUGGAGUUGAGAAUGAGGUUGCCAGGGACGCAGUGUCAUUGUUGCUGGAGCAGGAGGCGGCUGCGGAGGCGGCGGCAGCAGCAGCAGCAGCAUCAGCAGCACCAGCGGGUACCUGGGAGAACAGAACGCACGCUGCAUCCGAGCAUGUGAUCACCUACCCCUCCCGCCUAAUCUAUUACCUGAACGAGGAUUCGGAAAGCACCUACCAUGACCUAGACACUCGCUCAAGGAACCAAGUGAGCGAGAGUCCGGUGGUCCACCUUGCUCAAGCCAGUUUUCAAUUAGAGGCCUUUGGUUCCAGAUUUGUUCUGGAUUUAUCCUUAAACAAUGAUCUCCUGUCCUCUGAUUAUGUGGAAAUCCACGUCCAGGAGGACAAAGCCACCCACUCCAAGGGUGGGGAGCACUGUUACUACCACGGUCAGAUUCGAGGGAACAAUGACUCACAAGCAGCCCUCUCAACCUGCAACGGCCUACAUGGAAUGUUUGAUGAUGGAGUCUAUAUGUAUCUAAUUGAGCCUCUGAAACAGACUCACUCCAUCAUUGGUGCCGCACGGCCCCACGCCCUCCGCCGAGCUGCCUCUCUGAGGAACGGCCAGGAUGCAGCAGGAGUGGAGGAGUUGCUGUCGGAGCUGGAAGACAUGUCUUGGCUGAAGCGCAGGAAAAAGCGAGCUAUGCCCAGAAAUGUCUUUGAAGAAAUGAAGUACUUGGAGAUCAUGAUCGUCAGUGAUCACAACAUGUUUAAGCGCUACAAGAACUUACAGCACACCAAGAACUUUGCCAAGUCUGUGGUCAAUCUGGUGGAUGCUGUCUUCAAAGACCAGCUUCACACUCGCGUGGUCCUGGUUGCCUUGGAGAUCUGGGUGGAUAAGGACCAGAUUCCUGUCAGUGUGAUUCCUCUGGACAUGCUGAGGGACUUUGCCAAGUACCGUCAGCAGCACAUCAAGCAGCGCGUGGACACAGUACACCUCUUCUCGAAUGUCACGUUCCACUACCGCAGGAGCAGCGCGGCCUACUUUGGAGGAAUCUGCUCCUCGAGUCGCGGAGUCGGGGUCAAUGAGUAUGGCUCGACGUGGACCAUGGCAACGACUCUGUCUCAAAGCCUGGCACAGAACCUGGGCAUCCAGUGGGAGUCGGACAGGCGGAAGGAAUGUGGCUGCAGUGAUGGCUGGGUAGGCUGUAUAAUGGAAGACACGGGGGUGCAGCACCCCCGCAAGUUCUCCAAGUGCAGCAUCACCGACUACAAGGAGUUUCUCCUGAAGGGCGGAGGCUCCUGCCUCUUCAAUAGACCCAAUAAGCUGUUUGAGCCAACCGAGUGCGGGAACGGCUAUGUGGAGGUGGGAGAGGAAUGCGACUGUGGUGCCAGAGGGGAGUGUCAUAAGGAGUGCUGUAAGAAGUGUUCCUUGUCUAAUGGAGCUCACUGUAGUGAUGGGCCCUGCUGCAACAACACUUGCCUGUUUUACCCUCGAGGUUUCAGCUGUCGCUAUGCAGUCAAUGACUGUGACAUUUCCGAGACGUGUUCAGGAGACAAUGGACAGUGCCCACCAAAUCUUCAUAAACAAGACGGAUACCACUGUCAAGUCAACCAGGGCCGCUGUUAUGGAGGAGAGUGCAAGACCAGGGAGAGCCAAUGCAAAUAUGUGUGGGGCUCCGCGGCCGGCGGCUCAGAGAAAUUCUGCUACGAGAAGCUGAACACAGAAGGCACAGAGAAGGGCAACUGCGGGAAGGAUGGAGAGAAGUGGCUUCCCUGCAGCAAACAUGAUGUAUUUUGUGGCUACCUGCUGUGUGCCAACGUUGGCCGAACACCACGUCUUGGACAGAUGAAAGGAGAGGUCACUCCAACUACCUUCAACCACCAGGGCCGAGUGAUCGACUGCAGUGGUGGCCAUGUGCUUCUGGAUGAUGAGACUGACCUAGGCUAUGUGGAGGACGGCACCCCCUGUGGCCCGUCCAUGAUGUGCCUUGACCGCAAGUGUCUGCCCAUUCAGUCCCUCAACCUGAGUGCCUGCCCCAGUGGGCCCCGGGGCCACGUCUGCUCUGCCCAUGGGGUUUGCAAUAAUGAAGGCACAUGCAGCUGUGAUACCACCUGGGCUGGGACCGACUGUAGCAUGCCCGACCCUCCCAAGGAGCCCGCCCCCGAAGAGGACGAAGGACCCAAGGGUCCUAGUGCCACCAACCUUAUAAUCGGCUCAAUCGCAGGAGCCAUUCUGGUGGCCGCCAUCGUGCUGGGGGGGACUGGAUGGGGAUUUAAAAAUGUGAAGAAGCGGGGGAGAGGCUAUGACCCCAACGCUAGCGCCAUCUAGAGGAGCAUCGACGGCAAAGCAGCCAGACGACAGCUUCAACGCAGGCUUCAUCAAUUCGUCCUCCGUUCCUCUCAACUUGCUGCUGCUAUUCCACGUUAGUUUUCUUGAACUAUAGAUUAAAAAAACACUAGAGGACAUUUUUCAAAAUCCCAUACUUAAUUGUGUAGGAAAAAUGCAGCUUUCUCUGAUAUGAUCUGUUCUGCCCC